CGGCGGCAGUGCAGGGUGCGAGCAUGGUGCUGCCUGUGGUGCUGAUGGUGCUGGUGGCGCUGGUGGCGCUACUGGCGGCGGCAGAGGCCGCUCUCCCGAUGCCGGAGUACCUGAAGGCGUGCUCCAGGAACGACCCAGGCCUGGACGAGUGCGCGCUGAGGAACGGAGUUGCAGCGAUCCCUCAUCUGCUCGCAGGGGACCGCGCCUACAGCAUCCCGCCUCUGGACCCGCUGAAGAUCGCGGAGAUACGCAUCGAGGGCGCGGACAGCAAGGCGCCGACGGGACUGGACAUAGUCUACAAGGACAUGACGGCCUCCGGCCUGGACCGCGCCCAGCUCAGGAGCACGCACUUCGACCUGAAGAAGAAACAGAUGGAGCUAUCAAUUCUAAUUCCUGAGUUGCGGUUGGUGAUGCAGUAUGAAAUGGACGGAAAGUUCCUCUUGCUGCCAAUCAAAGGAAAGGGACGGGAGACCAUCAACAUGACCGAUGUGGACAUCACGUACGGGCUGGACUACGAUCUGGUCACCAAGCCUGACGGACUGGAGUACAUGAAGCCCACGGACAGUCGCCUCAAGUACAAGACGACGCGCAUGUACCUCCACCUGGACAACUUGUUCAACGGCGACAAAACUUUAGGCGAGAACACCAACCGCUUCCUGAACGAGAACUGGGAGGCGGUGGACGCCGAGUUCGGCCAGGUCAUCGCCCAGGCCAUCGGCGAGGUCAUCAAGCAGAUCUUCAGCAGCUGCAUGGACCUGGUGCCCUACAAGGACCUGUUCCCGGAGAGCCUGUGACCGCCCCGUCGCUCCCUCAGGACUCUCUCCGGACUGAGCUCUCGACAGAACCACUGAGACCGACGCCACUUAUUUAGUAACGGAAACAUCAUUUGUCGCUGAACAACGUUUCAGAAUCAAUCUCCAACAACAAGCAGUGUUUGUGCGAGUUGGUCUGAGGUUCAGUAGAGGUUCACUCGUAUAAUAUUAAACAUCUCGUUCCGGGAUUUUCGAUGUCUACAUUGAGCUCUGGGUUUAACAUGGGCAGUAAAUCAACCUAGACCAUUGCUUACUUGCCACAUCAUUUCACCAAGAAAUUAUAGAGUUGUUAAAUAACAUUAUGGAUAAAAACAUUUUUUGCAUAGAAAUUUAUUUCUACAUUGUGCACUUCGGUUAGUUUAGACAAAACAAAUUAGCCAAUUAAAACUGUUACACUUAAAUUAGUUAUGUACAAUAAAUAUAUAUUUUUCAUUACUUAAGUUUCAUUUCUACAGAACUAAGUCAGGCAUGAUAAUGUUGUCCUCCAAUUGAGUAUUGGAUCAUGAAUCGCCAGAUCAGUGAAAGUUAUUUCACUUAAGUGCAGUUAUCGAUAUCCUUCGCUCCUUCUUUUUGCUUCUUUUUAGGUGUUAUCUCUUGAUGUCUAUUCUACCUGCACACACACACACCUUUGCGCAAUUUUUAAAUAUUCUUUUACUAAAAUUCCUCUUUUUCUGUAAACCCACAUUAUUCUGUCUUUCUUAUUUCUGUAGGGAUCAGAUUUCACUAACAAGUAACCCAUCCACGUAUUUCCACAGCCAUAUGUUGCUUUUAUAAGCUGGAGAGUGACACUGUGGCAAAACUUUACGUUGCUUGGUGUCUUUUCUUGAAAUGCUUCAGUUUUAUUAAAUUCUGAGGAGCCUUUGAUGCCAUUUCAAACGACAGUCAGUUUUUUAAAUUAACAAUCACUGUGCUAAGAGUGUAUUCACCAUGCCAUAUUGAUUCAUUUGUUGCCAUCCCUGCGUUCUUCUUCCUCUUCAGACCAUGGGCGAAGAUAUGCAGGAUAUUCCGGGUGGUGAGAGAGCAAAGGGGGAUAACGUUUUUCAUUCCCAUUUCACAGCUACGAUUCCCCGAGACCAAACGAGGGGCUUUUUGAUUCCAGGGGGGGUUCUGGUCCCCCUGAUAAACCCCCUCCCCCUGGGCUCAACGCCUAUGCUGUUCACUGUUCUUUGUUACAGUUCCAUGGUAGCAGUUAUAGGCUCAUGCGCUUUAUGCUGUAUAAUAAUGAGUAGUUUAGUUUUUUACAAAAACAGUUACAAAGUACCACCAACCCAGGUGAAUGUUAUUUUGUCCACACAACAGCCUUGGAGGAUUGCGAUAUCUUUCUUUCUCCUCUGAGGCCUUACGUUAAAGAUAUUCUCGUCUUUUGUGUACACAAACAGAUUAUUUGAUAGCUUGUAAAGAAAUUUGUUUUGGGUUAUAUAUAUUACUUAAAACUACUCUAGAUAUAAUCCUUUUUCAAGGUUUGCAAGAGUAGUAUAUUUUAAUUGUAGUACACAAAUUACAAUAGACACACACAAGAUAAUAUAAACUAUAUAAUAUAAUACACAAACAGUACACAAACAGUACACAAACAUGUACACAAACAGUGUGAAAGCUCCGCCUUACGCGCCAGGAGAACAGGGUUGUGUGGCUUGAUGCUGAGAGACCAGCUGCUGUAUCUCUCGCGUCGCCACACAAGACAACCUCCGCCUUCUCGAACAGUAGUUAUUCACUGAGUGCAGGUCAGAUGUUCGCUCUCGCGUGGUUCUGCCAUGCGCGAUUUCAGGGUAUUGCUCAAAUAUUACCAUAGGAAGAAAAGUAUACGAUCAAUUCCAAACAUUUUUACUAAAUAAACAGACACAAUAAAUUUUUCAGGUGCAUAAAAGAUUUAUAUCACAUCAAAACAGUUUAAGAAAAAUUGGAGAUACGUAGUUAUUUUUAAUUUUUAGUAUAGAUGAAGUAUCUGAUUUCCAAACUUUUGUUCCAGAGUAUUCGAGUACAUAUUUUACCUUGAUGAACUCCCACUUUCUUCCUUUUCAUUUCAUGAGGUGGACAAUUUAAAAAAAAUUAGUGAACUCCUGCCUUUUUCAUUUUAACUAAUUUUAUACUAUAGUUUAGACUAACACUUUCAUUUGCUAUGUUAAAACAUAUGCUUAGAGUAAUUAAAUAAUUUUACCUUAUUACAAACAUCUCCUAAUUUUGUUUAGGAUAUUUGAUUCAAACACAUCUAUAUUUAAAAAUAAAGGGAACAUACGUAUUAUUUGGUACUUAUCUUGCUUAUAAUUACUUAAAUAAAGUCCCCCUUUUUUUACUCAUCUCCUCUUUUCCCAAACGGAUGCCCACGUGAUAAUCCAGAACUAAGUAAAUAUGGCAAUAUCCGUUAGCAAAAAUCUCACCCCGUGCCCUUCUUUUUACCGCAGAUAUUAAUUCCAAAAUAAUAAUAAUUUACUUAUAUUUAUAUUUAUCUCGCCAAUACUGAUUUAAUAGAUUUCUUAACUUUGUAUUAUUUUUAAAAAAUACUAACCCCUGUUAAAACUUAAUCAGCGGCAUAAAAGCGUAUGAGCCAUAACUUAAUUGAAACGUCAAGGAUUAAUGGAACGGGAGGAUGAUAUUAGUGUAUGUAAAUGAGGAACGAAUCUCUGCCGUGUCCGGAGAAAACGCACAUGGUACUUCUCUACUGCAGAAUUUCACGUAGCAAGACUCCAAGCAACGAUGUCAGUGGUCGUUACGUCACCUCAUCAUGCUUACCAAUAUAUUUUUUUUACAAACGAAGCAUGUUUGCGGGUUGCUUACCGGAAUUUUAACAUAAUGGAGGAUAUCAUAACGUUGUAAAAUAAAUAUUGAAAAUAUCCAGUAUUCUCAAUAUUAUUACUACUGGUCGUACCCAAAUACAUUACACAUGAUGACCUACCACGAUUAGCUCAUUAAAUGUACUUUAUCCCUAAUAUUCCGUCAUGUAUUACGCAAAAUACUUUCACUUGCCUAACUGAGUUGUCAAUUGUAUUUUUGCUAUGGAACACGAUGAGGCCAUAGAAUCUGAUCUAUCCUUAAUUGACGAACACAUUAAACCGCGAAAUGAUUCCUCACAGCUAUAUCGAUUGCGUUACAUGACAAUGGAAUGCGACAAGCAUGGCGAACUGGUCUAUGUUCAGCCUGUCUGUAUCUGAUGUGAAUCGAGGAAAGCGUCCAUGCGGUCUACUGUUGGCACUCGUACCUUCAACACAGCCACGACGUCACGACGUGGGAGACUCCGGUGCGGCCGCUCGUCCAGACGCAAAGGAACGACGUCGAAAGGAGCGGAGCGCUCAGAAGAAGAAGAGAAGAGAGUCAUAAAGAAUAAGAGAGGCGGAAAGAAGAAGAGAGGCAGAAAGAAGAAGAGAGGCGGUAAGAAGAAGAGAAUCAUAAAGAAGACGAGAGGCGGAAAGAAGAAGAGAGUCAUAAAGAAGAAGGGAGUCAUUAAGAAGAAGAGAGUCAUAAAGAAUAAGAGAGGCAUAAAGAAGAAGAGAGGCAUAAAGAAGAAGAGAGGCAGAAAGAAGAAGAGAGGCUGUAAGAAGAAGAUAAUCAUAAAGUAGAUGAGAGGCGGAAGGAAGAAGAGAGUCAUAAAGAAGAAGAGGCAGAAAGAAAAAUAGAGGCAUAAAGAAGAAGAGAGUCAUAAAGAAGAAGAGGCAGUAACAAGAAGAGAGGUAGAAAGAAGAAGAGAGGCAGAAAGAAGAUGAGAAGCGACAACUCGACCGGCGCCUGAUGCAGCAUGCACUGCUCUACGUGAGACAGCAGAUCGUCUACAACACACUCGGCGAAUGUAUUCAACCCAAUUAUUCAAUAUUAUGGUUUCCUUAUGUAUUAAAUAUCUGAAUUUAAAA